GAGACAAACGUGGUCGCUGUCCGAAUUGCAAUCGACCACAAACAACUGUUGGAUGGUGCAAACCGUGCGACACUCGAGCGCUUCGUGAGAACUUUGAUAAAUGGACGAGCGGGAACGAGGAAUUGGACGCCUUUAUCAGAGAGACUCAGUUGAACGCCAACACACCGUUCGAUUAUAUGCAAUGGAUACCAUUCGAUAAAUUUACGGACCUCAAGUUUAUAGCAGAGGGUGGAUUCGGUUCGGUAUAUUCGGCAAAGUCGAAAGAGUGGGAAAUGGUCGCAUUAAAGUUUUUAGAUAAUUCAGAGCAUUUGACAAGCGAAUUUUUGGAUGAGAAGAUAGCGUUAUUUGAUAAAAUAGUAAAAGGAUUACAGGAAAUCCAUGACGCAGGAUUGGUUCAUCGAGAUUUUCAUUGUGGUAAUAUCCUUCGGCACGAAAAACUCGUUUACGUAACAGAUUUAGGCAUGUGUCGACCGGUGAAUGAUGCAGGAGAUACACAAUAUGGCGUCCUCCCUUAUGUCGCUCCCGAGGUACUCCGCAGAGAAAAAUACACAACGGCAGCAGACAUUUACAGCUUAGGAAUGAUUAUGUGGGAACUAUCAUCCAAUCAACCACCGUUUGCGGACCGCGCACACGACUACAGCCUAGCGCGCGACAUAUGCAAUGGUCUCCGUCCGCCAAUUAUCGCUGGCACGCCCACGGGAUACGUGGCUGCUAUGCUACGAUGCUGGGACUGCGAUCCCGAACGACGACCAACUGCCGCCGAGUUGCUCUCGGUAUCUUUCAAAUGGCGAUUUUUACCUGACGGAAAGCAACCAUUCAUGGGUCCUAAAAGAGGAAGGAGGGUCAGGACCGGCACUCCAGUCAAGUCUGCGAUCGGUUCACCGAAACAAGUGCAUCCACAAGCAUUCUAUACAAGUAGAUUAUUACACUUUCCUAAUCUACCCGUGCCGAGAAAUUCAGAGACUGUAUCUUUGUUCGAUCCAACAACUGGUGAGAUACGCACCAUGCUUCGUAAGCAAACAUCAAAUAAAGAUCCACACUCGACUACACAUAAACCCGAGGAUCGAGCAAAACCGCGUUCAGCCAAUGGCGAGUCUUUUGCGCGCAGGACCCACACUCUUCAUCGAAGUACGACACUUGAAACAACCGACCGUGGGCUACUCGGGGGGACUGAAACUCGAAAAGCUAGUUAUUGGUCCAUUUUGGACGAUUUUCCUAAGCAUAUGGAACAGGUUCUAUUUGGGACAGCAAAAGAGAAAAGCAAUUAA